UAAAUGUCCACAUGGGAUGUUUGUUUGCUCUGCUGGUUUAAUCUGUUACUCGGAACGAGCUCGUUGUAAUGGUAAUUGGGAUUGUGUUGAUUUUAAAGAUGAACUUAACUGUGGACUUUGUGGACCUUUUUUGAUGAAAUGGGUUGUGAAAAACGUCGUUGUGCUAAGAAAAUUUUAUGUGCCAACAAUGCUAAAUGUUUCUUCCGUGAUGAGCGUUGCAAUGGUAUUGCUGAUUGUUCUGAUGGGUCUGAUGAAAGAAACUGUACGAAAGAACUUUGCCGACAUGAUCACGGAGCAUUUCUUUGUGCUAAUGGACAAUGUAUCCAUUCAAUUCAAGUAUGUGACACAUCUCUUGAUUGUGGCGAUGGAUCUGAUGAAAUAAAUUGUACCACUGAACAGUGCCGUCCUGAACAGGGCAACUUUCUUUGUACAAAUGGUAACUGUAUCCAAGCUAUUUUAACCUGUGAUCGAAGUAACGAUUGUGGAGAUUCAUCAGAUGAAAUAAAUUGUCUAAAAAAUAGUGUUAUCACAGCUGCUCUUAUGGGAUCUCUUAUCUGCGGACUUUUACUUGUUAUUGCUAUAAGUUGUACAUGUAAAUUGAUUGCUUUGCGUCAAAUUGAACAGCAACGUCAAGCUCAAGAUGAUUCUUAUUGCGGUUCCGCAACUAAUAAUCUUUACUCUUCAUCACAUAUUUACCAAAGGUACUUUCCAUUCGCUCGUAGUAAUAGUCACUCAACAUGGCCUCUUUUCAGUCCAGACUCUGAAUAUUUUUAUCGAGAGCCUCCUCCAAGCUAUGCUUCAGCGGUUUCUGGUAUUGAUGAAUAUGGAGCUGGAUGUUCAUCUUCUUCAUCUCGUCGACGACCUAGAAGAUUAAGACCUAGGUCGAAGGCGUCCACCUAGUCCACCACCAUCACAACAAUCACUCACAAAAUCUGAUGGUAUUUAUAAUAAUGGUGUUUUUUAACGACCAAGUAUUUGCUCAAACAUACCAGCAACUAUGAACAUACUUUCGAUACCCACAACGGGCUCAAUCAAUAUUAGACCAACAAUGAAUGGAGCAACAACUUCAUCGACUCUAUCAGCCAUUCAAAGUAAUGCUGUAUCUGAUAUUGAAGAACCAAACUGUACAACAUCCUCCAAUCAUCCUUUACUCACACAAAAUAAUCAACAGUCUCAAAAUGGUGAUAUUAGUUGUAGCAAUGAACGUUCUAGUAAAAAUGAAGAUGAAGACGGGUCUAGCCAAUCAACAGAAAUUGGACCAGUGGGAAGUGAUGAUUCAAAUGAUUCUAUUCAUCAAUCAUACCAUCAUAAUUGUUCAACAUCAUCGACUGUAACAAUAGAGUUAAAUAAUAUACCAUCACAAUCUUCUCAGCUUGACUGUGAUCAACAACCUCUGCUCAGUGGAUGAUAAUUCCUUAUUGUUUUGUUCUCUUUUUUAAUGUGUAUAUAUAUACAUAGAUGUAACCAAUAUUUAGAAAAUAACCUGGAAAAGGGCAUUUUUUGAUUGUUUUCGCAAGAAAAGGCGGUAGUUUUUAAUGGCCCACCAAAAUCUGAAAUAUAUUCAAAUUUUGGGCCCAUUUGUCUCAAAAAAAGAAUCUGAACUAUGUAUACUACAUAAAUAAUAUAUAUAUAAAUCUUAA